AUGGAUAAAGUGAAAUCUGUUCCUGCGCUUUCCCGCCUUGCCGUUUCGUCUAAAUCGCGUCAUCUUUUCAAAGAAUAUUUGAAUGUUCUUCCUCAAAUCAAUUUCAACCUUUAUCCACAAUACGGGGAAGGUGUGCAAGGUUUGACACAGGAUUCUUUUGUCGAGUUGAAAGAGGCGAUGUUUGAUCUCUGUGAUAUCUAUGAGGCGGAUUGA